GAAAUCUAUUCAGGCGAACAAAGAGAGUCCCGGGGUCCUUAACUCCUGCAUGACGUCAUCAAGCCUCCCUCGGUCCUCGGUGGGGAAAACGUGGAGGACUGUACUUCACGAGAUCAUUGGACUAUACUAAGAUCGUCUGACCCACACUGACCUGUCAAGUUGACAAGAAUGGAGUACAUGCAAGCUCCUGCCACAAGCAGCCAGGGGAAUAUCCUGUGCUGUACAUGUGGAGUCCCCAUUCCUCCCAACCCAGCCAACAUGUGUGUAGCCUGCCUGCGUACUCAGGUGGACAUCUCGGAGGGAAUCCCCAAGCAAGUCACAGCGCACUUUUGCAAACAGUGUGAAAGGUAUUUGCAGCCUCCAGCCACCUGGGUGCAGUGUGCCCUGGAGUCCAGGGAACUGCUGGCUCUUUGUCUCAAAAAAAUCAAGAGCUCGAUGACCAAAGUGCGUCUCAUUGAUGCUGGCUUCCUGUGGACAGAGCCACACUCCAAAAGGAUUAAGUUGAAAGUAACCAUCCAGAAAGAGGUGAUGAAUGGCGCCAUCCUACAGCAGGUGUUUGUGGUCGAGUUUGUCAUCCAGUACCAGAUGUGUGACGACUGCCACCGUGUGGAAGCCAAGGACUUCUGGAAGGCCGUCGUUCAAGUUAGGCAGAAGACGGCUCAUAAAAAGACUUUCUACUAUCUGGAGCAGCUGAUCCUCAAGCAUAAACUCCAUCAAAAUUCCCUCAACAUCAAAGAAAUCCACGAUGGGAUUGAUUUCUACUAUGGCUCCAAGCAGCACGCUCAGAAGAUGGUUGACUUCCUUCAGUGCACCGUGCCCUGCAGGUCAAAGACAUCCCAGCGCCUCAUCUCUCACGACAUCCAUUCAAACACCUACAACUAUAAGAGCACCUUCUCUGUGGAGAUCGUACCCGUCUGCAAGGACAAUGUAGUGUGCCUUCCACCACGGCUGGCUCAGAGCCUGGGGAACAUGGGUCAAGUGUGUGUGUGCGUCCGUGUCACCAGCACCAUCCACCUCAUCGAUCCUAACACCUUGCAAAUUGCCGAGGUGGAUGGGAACACAUACUGGCGCAACCCCUUCAACAGUCUGUGUAACCCACGGCAGCUGGAGGAGUUCAUCGUUAUGGACAUUGACACCAUCCGAGACCAGAAGCUGGGUGCUGGUGCCGGCAUCAGGUCCAAUAAGCACACCCUGGCUGAAGUGUGGGUCCAGAAGACAUCGGAGAUGGACACCAGUCAGCAGUAUCACUGCCGUACAUUCCUGGGCCACCUGCUCAACAUCGGAGACCUGGUGAUGGGAUUUGACUUCGCUAAUUCCAACGUCAAUGACGAGUCCCUGAACAAGAUGAACCCUCACCACAUUCCUGAUGUGGUGCUGAUCAAGAAGAGCUACGACCGCACCAGGAGGGUGAAGAGAAGGAACUGGAAGCUGCAGGAGAUGCCCAGAGACCGCGAGGGCAUGGACACAGAUGAUGAGAGACAAUACCAGGACUUCCUGGAGGAUCUGGAGGAGGAUGAGGCUCUGAGGAAGAACGUAAACAUCUACAGAGAUGCGUCAAAGAUCCCGGUGGAGAGCGACACCGAUGAUGACGGAGCACCACGGAUCUCCCUGGUGGAGAUGCUGGAGGAGCUCAGCCUGUCAGAUGCCACAGGAGGAGACGGCGCCGACAUGAUGACAGACUAGCUGCUCGCCGUCCUGCCUGUGUGACGCCGACAGCUUCUCCUGUUGAAUACACAUCUGCUGCUGAUACCGUGAUACAGUUACACACAGAGCUGAGACCUGACUGCAGAUCGAGGACUGAUUGAACCACCAACAAACAAGUGAAAAUAUCCACAGUUCAUCACACUGUGGUUUAACGACUCAUUUCAGUUGAAACCCAUAAAUUGUGAGUUAUAAUGGUGUCACUUAGUAACAAAUACGCUUCUGCUGAGGAACUAGACUUUCAGUGGAUUCUUUCCCCUUUUCAUGAAAAAUUUUGAAGUGAUGUGGAAAUGAAGUGCUUCUGGAUCACUAUACAAAUAAAUAUUUCUGCUAAUUCUCA